AAGCAAUGCGAACCAAAGAAGGAAUUUGCUGGCGUCGUUAUACCCGGAGGGCGGCCGGCUCUUAAUCUUUUUCUCACUCGGCCCCGGGACGGAAUGACCGGCGGAGCUUCAGUCAAGGAGUCCCGCCUAUAUAGCGACUUUCUCCCAGCCAUAUUUCUCUCUUGACUAGGAUUGCUUUGCUUUGCCCGAAUUGGCGCUUUUCGGUGUCUGUGUUUGUGUGUGUGUGUUGGACCUACCUACCUCUAUCUAAUCACGCGGGUUGAUCUCCAGCCAUGUGGCUUUCGGGCUGUGAACUCUCACGCUUUAAAAAAAAGAAGGAGCUUUUGCGGAAAAAGCUGGUUGAGGGCAUGAUGAAAAAAAGAGGCCUAAUUAUACUUGCAUCGCUCCACCUAAUUAAGAGUGGUCGGAUACAUUAUUUUUCUAAACGCCUCGCUACAGUUUUCAACGAUCAAAGUUACAGUAAGGAACACACAGGAGAAAGGGCGUUGUGGCUGGUGGGUUUGCCACUGAAAAGAUUAUUUCAUAAAGGUAAAAAGGUGUCAGUCGCUAUGCAGAGUUCAGAGCAUAUAGAAGACAACAGCAACUUGAAAAGUGAGAACAUGGGUAAGGACACUGAAGCCAAGAAUGAGCAACCAGCUGACUUUAGCACAGAGAUCAUGAGUGUCAUGGAGAUGGAGCAGUCCCCCGACAAUUCUCCUGCUGCCAAUUCCCAGGAAGAGACUGUUCAGGACACUGAAAUACCAGAUACAGAAACUGUAAAGACAUCUGAUCCUGAAAAUUCAUUCCCUGCUGACUUUGACAAGUUUUGGAAAAUAGUUGAAACUAACCCACAAGAUUUUACAGGCUGGGUUUACCUCCUUCAGUUUGUAGAACAAGAGAACAAUUUACCAGCUGCAAGGAAAGCCUUUGACAGUUUUUUCACACAUUACCCUUAUUGUUAUGGCUACUGGAAGAAGUAUGCAGACCUUGAGAAGCGGCACAGUAACAUGAAGCAGUCAGAUGAGGUGUAUCGGAGAGGACUCCAGGCGAUACCUCUUAGCGUUGAUCUCUGGAUUCAUUAUAUAAAUUUCCUCAAAGAAACACUGGAUUCCAGUGAUGUAGAAACUAUUGGGACCAUUAGAGGGACAUAUGAGCAUGCUGUGCUGGCUGCAGGGACAGAUUUCCGCUCAGACAAACUCUGGGAAAUGUAUAUCAAUUGGGAAAACGAGGAAGGCAACCUGAGAGCAGUGACUACUAUAUUUGAUCGCAUUCUUGGGAUUCCAACACAGCUAUAUAGUCAUCAUUUCCAAAGAUUCAAAGAUCAUGUACAGAAUAAUCUGCCUCGAGACAUUCUUACUACUGAACAAUUUAUUCAGCUGCGAAGAGAACUUGCUUCCACUGCCAAUAAUCAUAAUGUUGAGGAUGAACCACCUAGGGAUAACCAACCUUCUGGAAUUGAAGAUAUUACUGACCCUGCUAAACUUAUCACUGAAAUAGAAAACAUGCGUCACAGAAUCAUUGAAAUUCAUCAAGAAAUAUUCAAUCACAAUGAACAUGAAGUUAGCAAGCGAUGGACUUUUGAAGAAGGGAUAAAACGACCUUAUUUUCAUGUUAAACCUCUGGAGAAAACGCAGCUGAAGAACUGGAAGGAGUAUUUGGACUUUGAGAUUGAGAAUGGAACUCAUGAACGAGUAGUGGUUCUUUUUGAGCGUUGCGUGAUCUCCUGUGCUCUCUAUGAAGAAUUUUGGAUCAAGUAUGCCAAGUAUAUGGAGAACCACAGCAUUGAAGGGGUGAGGCACGUAUACAGCCGAGCCUGCACGAUACACCUCUCGAAGAAACCGAUGGUGCACUUGCUCUGGGCUGCUUUUGAAGAACAGCAAGGGAAUAUCAAUGAAGCCAGAAGAAUUCUGAAGAUCUUUGAGGAGAAUGUUUCAGGAUUGGCCAUGAUUCGUUUACGAAGAGUUAGUUUAGAACGGAGACAUGGAAACAUGGAGGAAGCUGAACACCUCCUUCAGGAAGCUGUGAAAAAUGCCAAAUCAAACUAUGAAGCCUCUUUCUUUGCUGUAAAGCUUGCUCGACACCUUUUCAAAAUCCAGAAGAGUCUUCCAAAAGCCAGGAAAGUUCUUUUGGAAGCCAUUGAUAGAGACAGGGAUAAUCCAAAACUGUAUCUCAAUUUGUUGGAAAUCGAGUACAGUGGAGAUCUAAAGCAGAAUGAGGAGAACAUCAUUUUGUGUUUUGACAGCGCUAUCAAUGGAACAUUGCCUAUAAAAAUUAGGAUUGUAUUUUCUCAGCGCAAAGUGGAAUUCCUUGAAGAUUUUGGCCUGGAUGUGAACAAGCUUUUGGAUGCUUAUGAAGAACAUCAAGCCCUUCUAAAGGAACAAGAAUGCCUAAAAAGAAAAUCAGAGAAUGGCUGUGAAGAACCAGAUGAGAAACGAGUUCACAGUGAUGAUAUGUCUGGACAAGUAGCAGAUGGAGAUAUGCAAGCAAAUCAGGCAGCCUACAAUGCCUGGUACCAGUACAAUUACUCAAAUGCAUGGAAUUAUGGACAAUAUUAUCAAUCAUCUUCAACUUGAGCAGAACAAUUUAACAACAAAUGGAGUUUCACAAUGUUUUCUUAAGACUUUUCUUUUGUAAAAGAGAAAGAAAUAGGGAUGUGAACAAACUGUCACGUGAUUCUUGUCUUUUUUGCAUGUAUGAUGAGUUGAUUUUCACAUUUUUCUUGUGACAAACUCAUAUUGGUAUCUUGCUGUAUUCAAAUCUACUGAGCUAUUAACUUUCUCAAUAGUAAAAUUAUCAAAUGAUUAUAUGAAGUAGUAUUGAUGAUUCAUUGGGAAAGUUAAUUUGCAACAAUUAACAUAUAUUAAUACCAAAUUUUACCCCUGCAAUCUUGGAUAUUACCCAAGCCAGGAGAUAAAACUUCCCUUUUCUUCUGCAGCAAAAUGUGCUUGAAUAUUUUCAAAAUCCCACAUCUGUUUUCCUGCAUCUGUUUUUUUUUUACCAGUUUACAAUUGCAGCACCCAAAAGCUGCGAGCUUUUAGAAAAAUGUUAACAGAUGAGGAUGCAUAAUGUAUAGGGUAUCUCUUUGAGUGACUAAAAUGAAGUGUGUUACUAGAACCAUGCUCUGUCUUAGGAUGGAUUUUGUAUUGGAAUUUUCAUGUGUAAGUUUAGUUUUUUGUUUAAAAUGCCUUUUUGUAAUAAAAUCAAAUUGUGAAUUUUUCUGAACAGUA